AUGGGCGUACGGAACGAAAUGAUGGGUCCUGUUUCGGAGGGUGCGCCCCCUGGUGGGGUGACCGCGGAUGGAACUGACACUCAGGAGAGUGAAGAGCCCACAACCGAAUACAUGCAAGGGUGGGCUCUCGUUUCCCUGACCCCGGCCUUCAUGUCCAUUUGCUUCGUGUUGGCUAUUGACAAUACAAUUUUGGCGACGGCGAUACCCAGUAUCACCAGCGACUUCCAUAGCCUCAACGACAUAGGCUGGUAUGGCUCUUCCUACUUGAUCGCCCAAAUGUCACUGAUGCCGACAUGUGGUCGCCUCUACUCAUUCUACAACAUCAAAUGGAUUUACUGCGGCUCGCUGGCCGUCUUUGAACUCAGCUCUGUCGUCUCUGCAGUCGCCCCAAAUUCUAUUGUGCUUAUUAUAGGUCGUGCAAUCUCUGGUCUACGUGCUGCUGGCUUGGUGAGUGGGACGACAACUAUUCUGUCGUAUUGCGUGUCUUUGCAAAAACAGGCGAUGCUGUCGCCCAUUGUCCUGGGCAUGUACAACAUUGGAUCGGCCAUUGGCCCACUCGUGGGUGGUUCUAUAACAGAUAACAAAACGUUGACUUGGCGAUUUGUUUUCUGGAUCAAUCUUCCCUUCGGAGCUAUUGGGCUAGCCCUGGUCUGGUUCACUUUGAGAAAGCCACCACCCGCCGUGAAGGUGGACAUGCCCUGGAUACAGAAGCUACGCCAGCUCGACCUCCCAGGAGCUAUUCUACUACUAGGUGUUCGGAUGCCUGAUUGGCUUCGGUCUUCUUUUGGUUGUGUUUUUGGUCUUACAAUUCCGAGGCAAAGAAAGUCUGUCAGAAACACCAAUGCCGAAGUCUCGAGAAUAAAUUUACUGCCAUUGAUUGUGUCCAACAGCAUCAGCAUGCUCUGCGCGGGAGUUAUAGUAUCCAAAUUUGGGCAUUAUUUACCGUUAAUGUGGAUCGGACCUCUUAUCUUAGCUACUGGAGGGGGUCUAUACGAACUCGUUCGGGUUGACAGUGCGCGUGGACAAUGGAUAGGGCUCCAAAUAUUAUCCGGGAUUGGAUAUGGCUGCUGUAAUCAACUGCCAAUUCUCGCUGUGCAGGUCGUCCUCGAGAAGCGAGACAUACCAACUGGUCUUGUCAUGAUCAUGUUUUUCCAGAUGCUCGGAGGCGCACUCGGUCCUAGUAUUGGACAGAAUCUUUUCACUGAUGGGCUUCUGCGAAAUCUCAGCGAGAUUCAAGGUAUAGAUGGUGCAGCGAUCGUAGCGGUCGGCGCGAGUGGUUUCAGGGAGGUGACUCCUCCGGAGUCGAUGAAUGUCGUCGUGGGCGCAUUUAACUCCGCUUUGAAGGAUGUGUUCUGGGUUGCGCUCGCUACGCCGUCCCUUGCUUGGAUGGCAAGCUGGGCAAUGGAGCGGCUCAAAUUGCCAAGCACCAAGAAGCUUGUCACCGAU